AUGGCGGCGGCGUCGUCUUGCUUGAGCCUCUGGCGGGCGGAGAACGACGGGCUGGCGGGCCGGUGGCGGCGGGGGAGCGCGCCCCGCGGGGAGGAGGGGCUGAUGGCUGCUGCGCUGGAGGACCAGGCUGCCCACGAGUGCCCGCGAGCCUUCCAAAGACUCCUGCAGAAGAUCCAAGGACUCCCGGCUGUGCUCCCUGCUCUGCCGCUGGAAUUGACCAUCCUCUGCAAUUCCCUGCUGCUUGACAUGGCUCUGUCCAGGGACUCCAGCGAGAAGCUAGUGGCAAGGAUAGACUGUGGGCUCCGCAGAGUCCUGGAGGCUCGUGCGGUGCCUGGAGAAGGGCUCAGCUCAGAGGGUCUCUGGCAGAAGGCGAUCCAGCAGGAGAUCCCCGAAGAGCUGCAGGGCCCUCUGCAUCAAUUGGCUGCCCUGCAGGGCUUGCUUUGGCUGGCGGGAAACCACCUGGGGGCACUGAAAGGCCUCUGGCAACAGCUGCAGGGGGCCAAGGGCCCAGGGCUGCCUCUGCACAGAAGUGGUGAGAAUGAGCUCCUUUCCCUGCUCCAAGGAUGGCAUCCGGCUGAUCCGGGAGAAUCGGACCCCCUCGUGCUGCAGAGUUCCAGGGACCUGAAAGACGUCCUGUGGACUUCAGCGGCUUUCCUGCAAGGCUUUCAGGAACUGGAUGCUGGCAAGCCUGCCACAGCUCUGGCCUCUCUCCAGGCAGCUGCCACCGGGCUGUGUCCAAAGCGAGUCCUGGCCCAGGUCUUCACGCUCAUGGGAUGCUGCAACCUGAAAAUGGGGAAGCCACAGACAGCGAUCCAGUGCCUGAAGCAGGCCUUGCAGGUGGACUCCUCCUUCCUCCCUGCCCUGUACCAAGCAGCCCUGUUGUACCGCCAGCUGGGACUUGUGGAAGCAGAGCUGGAGGCUUUGGCCUUGCUUGAUCAGGCCCUGGAUGGCUCAACACAGAUGGCUCCCGCGUCUCUCGAUCCACCUUCCUUUGUCGGAGUGGAGCUCCUCAUUUGCACCCCACGGGUUUGUGCUUUCUUUGGCCAAAACUCUCCGUCAGAAGUGAAGUACCUGCUGGCUCAGAGGUGCCUCCAGGAAGGGAGGGCGAAGGAGGCAGCCGAGCUCUACCUGGACCUCUUGGCUCUGUGGCAGGAGGGGCCUCUUCACCAGGGCAUUCUGCGUGGGGGGCUGGCCUUGCCCAGGGUCCCGGAGGUGUUUCUGGAGGCUGCGUCGGCCCUGGAGGAGGUAGCCAGGCACCAGGAGGCCAUUGCCGUCUGCGAGGAGGUGGUCAGCCAGACGAGCCGGCUGGUCCCCAAGAAGCUGCAAAUCGACGUGGGCUCGAGUGCCUCAGAGGACAGCCGGGAGGUGGAACGGGAGAGGGAGGGCCUGCGUUGCACCCUCUGGCGGGCCACUGCCUACUUGCUGCAAGGCUGUGCGCAGGCAAAGCUUGGAGAAGCCAAGGAGGCCGUCAGCCUCUCGAGCAGGUGCCUUCAGGAUCUCCUGAGGAUCCAGUUUGUAAACACAGGCAGCCAAGGCACAGAAGAGGACGUGGGCCCCUUUGCUCCGACAGAAGCCAAGAGGCUUCCCCAAAUCAGGCAGCUGGCUCUGACGGUCCGAGGAGUGGAGUUCCUGGAGCUGGGGAGAGAGAAAGAGGCCUUGAUGGAUUUCCAGCACAGCUUGCGCUUCGGCCCAGGGAGCCCUGCGGCUCACUGGUAUCUGCUGCACACCCUCUGGAAACUGGGCAGAAGGCGGGAAGCACGGGCACACUGGUACAAGUUCCGCACAAACCCCGGGUUGAUGGAGGAGGAGGAGGCCAAAAGGCCCUCCCCGCAGUACUUGCGUCUGUGCAUGAAGUGGAUGAGGUUCCCCCAUGUGGAAUCCCUGGCCAAGGACUUGGAGAGCAGCUCGGAAGAGAGUGGGCAGGAGCCCUAACAGUGCUGUGUGACUCCGGCCAGCUUUCCUUUCUGAUGCAUGGCUUUGAACCUUGGGGGCUUUUCUCAAACUCCCUUCCUAGUUGGAAAAUGGGGACAUUUCUCUCUGAGGCCAUGGCAUGUGACGUAGGACCUCUGGGCGGGGAGUUGCUUAAGCCCUGCCUUAUUGUGCAGCUGUAAAAUGAAAGGAUUGGAGAGAAGAAGUCAGCUGAGUCUGGGUGCAUGAGGGGCAGGCGAAGGGAUUAUUUCCUCCUCCUCUUUGUCACCUCAGGGGGUUUGGCUGAAGUCCCAGGGCAGCACAGGAAAGCCAUGCUGAGUUGUCCAAAGUGUGAAAUGCUCAGUUUCCGUUUUUCUUGGCUUGAGAAGCGGAAUCCUAGCAAACAGCAGUUCUAGAAGUGAAAGCAAGCUCAAACACCUUCCUCUUUCCAGCUUUUGCAAGCAGCAAGCCCUGGAGGAGGGUGAAAGAGGUUAUCACUUGUGUUCAGCCAUUCUCUCCGGACUCAGCCAGCCUCUUCCAGUGCUGAAAAGGAAGACAUAUUUUUCGUUCUGAUUUCUUGGUCACUUUUUGUGACUUCCUCUUCGGACCGUGGGUGGGGGAUGGUCGAGAAAAGACGGUGGGGGCUGCAAUUUGCUCCUGCCACAGAAGCCUUUCGAAAGAGGCGAUAAACUCUUCUUCUGCUGUUUCACCACAUUAAAAGUAUUGUGAAUUUUUCAGUU